AAUUUCCCCCACAUAUUUUUUUGUUGCAAGAUUUUAAAUAUUUUGUAAAAAUAUAAAGUUCCCGCACUGUUGGUUGUACCAUUAAUUGCACAGUUUCGGAUUCAUCUUCCGUCUGUCAAAUAUGUUUCUAUUCUUUCGAUCGCUUAUAUUGUUUGCGUAAAUAUAAACAAAAAUGCUUUUGUAACCUUAUUAAAAUUUGUGUUUUUGUGUUGUUUAUAGUGGUUGCUUAUUUUCUUUACUAUCGGUUUUACAAAUGUGUAAUUUAUUAUGUAAAAAUCGUUGAAUCAAGUAUUGUCAUUCCUUGUCUUGUUCAAAGUGGAACACGUAAAUCUUCCAAAUGCUGCCUUCGAUGCCCAUCCUUUUUUCGAGAGAAAGCCAGGAUGCUUUUGGAAAUAAGCUUGAGCCAAGCACUAGCUUUUUCAGUCAACAUUCCUUGGCAAAACCAGUAAUUAAUCCAGAGCCGCCACCUCUAGUAAUUGCGAAAGAGACUCCUAAAGCCGUACAGAAUGAAGCAAAAACAAAAUCAGCUCCGAAGAAAAAGGAGGACCCGCCAAAAAUAAAAGCAGAUGCUCUAGAAACAGCAUUAGUUCGAUCCUAUUACACAAAAGUACAAUCAAGAUUUGCCUCCAACCCGUCAGUGCCUACCAAUAAGUUUGUUCAGUUCCAAAACAUCUUGAAAUCUUUUGAUCCCUCGAAAGAAUCACCAGUGGAUUUAUACAGGAAAAUUGAGGAGUUAUUUGGUGAACAACACUCAGAUAUUGUUGAGGAGUUCUUACUGUUUUUGAGGCCAGAGCAAGCUGCCGAAGUUGGGAGAUUUAUGGAUCAUUUUGCUCUUAUGCACAUGACCGGAUUCAUUGAACUUUUACAGAAAUCAUUUUCCCGCAAACCGACUGUUCUCCGGAAGAUAAUGCGCGCGAUCACAACAGCUGUCAACAGUGGGCAGGCCGCAGACCUCAAGACCAGGGUGCUGCCGCAUCUGAGGGCUCAUCCGAGACUUGCGCAAAUGUUUACGGCUAUGUUUAUGGAUGAACGGCCUCCGGAUAGUGCAUAUGAAAGCGGCGUGGAUAUACUGAACGAGAACUUCCUAACGAAUGACGAGGGCUGCGACGUGUGGGAGUUUCAGGGUGGCAGCCAUAACAAGAAGAAACUUGAUGCCAAGGAGGGAUUGGAUACUAUGUAUCUUCACGGCAGAGUGUUUCUCCAACACGGGCGACUCCUUCGCUCGACCCGAGUGACGUUCCCCUACAGUAAGGAGCCCUACCGGGUCCACGCGCGGAGGCUAGCCCCCGACCACUGCCACCUGUCUCCACCUGACUCCGAAGAGGAACGGUCUUCCCCAAAACGUAGCAGAGCGCAAAAAAUCCCACCCAAGAAAACAAAAAAACAACUCAAGUCACCCACCAAAACUGCUAAAGACGUAAACGAUAACACUAAAGUUAAAGAAACAGUAGCGACCGUAAUGAAUAGUCCGAAAAACGCAAAAGGAAAAUUGCAAAAUAACACGAAGAAAAAUUUAAAAGAGAAGAGAGAUGAUAAAGUUGACGUUAUUCCUAAAAGAGAUAGGAAAGACAGCAAACAUAAUGUGUGUGCUAAAAUUGAGGUUUCGAAAGCGAAACAAGCUAAAUUAGAUCCUAUUCCUAUUGAAAUAAAAACGGAAAUUAAAAGCAAUAGUUGGACGAGGGAUGAGGAUAAGACUAUGUUGCAAGUGAUAAAAGGAGAAGCUAGUUCAGAUCAGAUGUUUGGGAGGAUCAGCGAGCUGCUUCCACAUCGGUCGGUGCCGGAGAUCAAAGAGAGGUUCUGUCACGUUAUGACGUUGUUACGAAAAAUGGCGGUUGGUGAGGUCACCUAGUUAAGCGUUAAAGUUGAUGUUAAGCAAAAGUACUAUUUAUAACUUGGUAUAAAAUAAAAGUUAUUUUUGACUUU